CCUUGGAGAUGAACGUUAUUUAUGACAACGUAGUUCAGAUGAAAAUAUUCCUAUUGUUGUAGGAUUAAACCGUGCAAUUUAAAGCUGCAGAGCUGAGAAAACUCACAAAAAUGUCAUUACACUUUAGUGCAAACCAGUAUGAGAAGAACUUCAAGCCGACACUCCUGCAGAACUGGGAGGUGCCUAGAGCAUAUAGAGAGAAAAUGAUAGCAAGAGGAAUGCGGGAUACACGUCCACGAGCGUUUGUGGGGUUUACACAGAUAGUGGCCAGUGACCGGGGACACCUUCUUACUGGGGUGAAAAGGUCCCGGGAGUCGCCAUGGGGAACACACAUAGGCACAUGGGACAUGCCCAUUAAAAUACCAGGUAACAACAUGAUGAAUGCUACUGCUAGAACUGAGAAUGCCACCCUGAGAUUGGAGCGCAUCAAAAGUGACGGGGACAUCAUGCUGGGAGGGAAACUCAAACAGUGCAAGGUUCCAUCCCCACUGCCAGUGAAGGCUGACAAGAAUGCAGACAAAACACUCUCCCCUAAAGCUGCAAACGGAGCCACUCAGCUUUCUCCCAUGGGACCAGGAUCAGGUUUCCGAUCAGGGGCCCAGGCUCCGUUGCCCAUAUCCAGCGUGGAUGUCCCUGCUUCUCCCGGUAUACAAAUGCCUGUUAAGCCAGUCACACCAAACAUUGACUGGCCCCGACCCGCAUCUCAGGGCUAUAGAGUGAAGUCGGCCAGCCCCAACAUGGCCGCCCAGAGCCCACUGCCAGCUAUCACUUCUCCCAAAGUCCUCACUCCACCCGGUACCCCACAAAAAGACUUUAAAUGGCCGUCCCCUAAACCAGCUGAACCUUUAGCGGCAUAAUUCUGACUGAUUUUUAUCUCUUAUGUUUAUUUUUGUAUUUAGUUAUCAUGAAUAACAUGAGUUCUUUCACGAGGGUCAAAGACUGAAUUAACAGGUUUUCUAGAGAAAGGUUUUUGUACGUGUUGAUUGGUUGGAAUAAAUCUAUUUUUGGGAAGGUUCAUGUUCUAAUGUUGUUAACUGGUUUAUUUUUGUAAAACCCUCGGUCCUGAUCAUUCUUCCCUAUGAUUGAUUUUUUUGGUCGUUAUGGGCAGGAAUGAUUAAAAGACCGAUGUUAAGCAUUACUAAGCUGGUAUGAUCGUUAUAUGUUCAUUUUGAGAUUCUGAUUUUGAUACAAGUUGUUGCCAUAGUCAAAACCACCUUUCAACUUAUAUAUUUAUUGUAGAAACUUACUGGAUAGAUUGCAUUUAUGACUCAGUUUUUUACAAGCUACCAGUAUACUUGUACUUACCAAAACAGCAUUUUGACUAUUAACAUAGUAAUUACAUGUACAUUUAUGUCUCUAGGUUUUAUAAAAUCGGCGCUAAAGCAGGGGAGUAAAAGUCACACUGUGUUACGAAGAAGGUCUUUUAAAGUCUAAAUCUUGCUAUCAUCUCAACAGCAACUAUUAACCCUCAAUCCUUUUGGACUGAUGGAAUACUUUCUGGUGUAAAGAUUUCAUUUUAAUGCACGUUUUAUGCAUGAAAUGUUGAAAUUUACAUUAAAUAUAAGCAUUUCUUGGAUUGACAUGAUGAGGAAUUGUUGGUUUUCAGCAUUGAAUAUGGUUGUGGUGUAUUGCAUAAAGGCAUCUGCAACUUGUUUGUAUUUUGUUCUCCAUCAUGUACACUGCAUAUAUAUAGUUCUUACACUCUCUGCCUUAUAUGCACUCGUGAUUUUGCACAGUUUAGCAGUAAGGUAUUUGGUUACUUAUGUUGUUAAUGUUUAAUUUAAUUCAAAUUUUGUGUAAGUCUUGUUUUGUAAGAUUUCUUCUAACUUUUUAUCUAAGGAUUUCUUUCUUUACAGUGUUAAUUAUCUCAGCAUUAUGAUAUCUUAGAGCCAAAAUUUACUGUGUAUACAACAAAUGUACACAUUUCUUCUUUUUAAAGAAAUUUAUAAAAAACAAGACAUUUUACUACACAAAUUGUUUCAUGUGUUUUUUUAAAAAAUGAUUUUGUUAAUUACACCUCUGUUUUGUGAAAAGCUUAACUGUGAUAUUUAGCUUUAUAAAAUUUAUUUUAAUUUUACCACUUUCUAUAAAAAAAAAAUGCAGUUCCCAAUUUAAGUAUUUUCACACAGUAUAGAGUGUACCACAAUCAUGUUAUUCUUGUAUUAUAUUUAUGAGUCAUGCUUGGCCAUGUUGUAAUUGUUAUUGAUUCACUUAAUUGUUAAAUAAUUUAGUUUUGAAAAGGUUUCUAUUCUAUUUUAUUUUGCAGAUUCUAUAUAGGCGUGCUAGUCACAUUCUGUUCACAAUGUUGUGUUUGUUUUGUCACAAAGAGUUGAUUAUUUGAGAUGAGACAAUAAGGACAACAACCGUGUUAACAACCAAUAUGUCUCCGUUUAUUUGUGAAAUCUUGUAUGCAUAAUCAGACGUAGCCUUUCAAAAAAGUGUACAAAGGAUUACUAAUUACUUCAAAUCCCUUCCUUUAACAGAUAUAAAUACACACCUGUUUUAUAUGUAAACUAUUUUCUUGUAACUUCUCUAAUUUUCUGUCUGUGAUAAUCUUGUUGCAUGUCAAAAAUUGUUUUGUGAUAAAUAAAGUAAAUCAAAUCCUUAAA